CAAUUGCGAUAUCGUAGGGGUGAAAUGCCGCCUGUGACCGCCCCCUAAAGUCGCUGAAAUAAGUAAGCACCUUCCAAGGUUCUUCAUACGUGUAUGCGGCGCUAAUGCCAGGGCCCACCCGAGCUUCAACUUUAGGUAAUCUUUUGGACCUUUCAAGCUACAUAAGUAGUAUUGAAUUCUCCAAUGUCUCUGCUAUUUAUUCUCUUGUCAGAGAUAACCGAAUCAAUAGCGAGCCUCACACCAUUUUUGCAAUUAUAGUAUCUCCUCAGAGCUGUACUACUUGCUCAAUGAAACCAACUCACAAUCAGAGAAUAGACAAGCUCAGCCAACGUCGUCCUGAUGGCUAGUCUCGAACUGCUAGACCCUAGGCUUAGAAGCCCCAAGGCCACAACUUUUGCAUCAUCAUCAUCGUCAGAGAAACAUGGGAAUUAUGAAGAAGAGGAUGACUCCGAAUGGGAAUAUGAAUAUUCAACUACACAAACGGAGACCUUCUACGUAACUUUGGAUUUGUCCAAGGCGGAUUUUAAGGCUCAAGAUCAAGUUAAGAACAACCCAUUCCCUUCACGCGGUAGCUGGCAAAUCCAGAGAGCAAGUGAGAUGUUCUUGAACAGGCGUAAGGCGGCUAAAAACGCUUCGCAUAAUAGUGCUGCUAGUAGUGCUGCUAGCUCUGAUGCGGAGCGUGACGAGGAAGAUCAGGAUGGAACGCUACGCGAAGAUCGGGGGAAACAGCUCUCCGGUUCUAAAGGGGAGGAGAAUGGCGAAGACAGCUCCAAUCACGAGAGAGUGCAGAUAUUAGAACUACAUUCCGAGAACCCCAUCAUCUCGUACAAAGGCCGCGUGUUCUCCGGGCAAUGGUGCGAGAAUGCAACGACCGAACUUAUUUUUACACGGCAUGAAGCGAAUGAUUCUUUACCUGUUCUAAAAAGUCUCGAAGAUGGAGUCGAUCUCUUAGCGGCGAGCUCGUCGCGCAUCAACGUCACGGAGCAGAAAUUCAGGCCGAAAGUCAGUGAAAGAGAGCGUCAACGUGCUAGUGCCAAUUUGCCGCAAACGGUCAUUCCGCCUGUUGAUCCCAAGGCAACCCAGGAGAGAAACGACCAGCGCAACUUUCUCGCUGAUCUGAUCGCUAUCAAGCGGCGCAAAGGCGAGACCGACGACGUCACGAUCAUUGCGCACAGCAUGCAAGGAAAGCGAGCGAAAAUGAAGGCGAAGGGAAUCCAAACGCGCGGCCGCGGCCGCUGGGUAAGCUCAAGUAAAUCGCAGGCUGCCCGCGGGUCCGACGAGAGGCCGCGGCGCGGUGGCAGGAGAAGAGGAAGUGGGCGAGCUCGAGGGAGAGGGAAAUGGGCGUUCCUCCCGCUCGAAGAAGCCCCAGUUCGCGAUUCAACAUCCGCCGCGUCCGGUACGCCUCCGGCUGAGGGUGAAUCUGUAUCCACGCCGACUCCCUUUCGCUGGGACGAUUUAGAUGAAGAGCAAGCUAGCUCGCCGGCGCGGUUGGAGGAGGUCGCGGAAGUAGAUGAACAGGAUGAAGACGAGGCCGAGUCUGACGACAAUAACGACUACGAGGAAGACGAAGAUGAUGAGAUGGAUGAGGAUGAUGAUUGAGCCUGGCCAUAAGGGCUGAUAUAUAGAAUCACUAAUACAAUCAAUCGAUCAUUUCCAUGAAUAUAUUUUGCCUGGAGGUGAUAGGGGACUGAAGAUUGCUGAAUACCUG